AUGGGUGAAGAUGCUUUUGAGAUGCGGUCUGCCAAAUCCCGAAGCAGAAGCCCAUAUUCUUCUAGGCAUUCAAGAUCUCGUAGUAGGCACAGACUGUCUAGAUCCAGAAGUCGUCAUUCUAGCAUUUCUCCUAGCACACUAACUCUGAAGAGUAGCCUGGCAGCUGAAUUGAACAAGAAUAAAAAAGCACGAGCUGCAGAGGCAGCAAGAGCUGCAGAGGCAGCGAAAGCUGCAGAGGCAGCCAAGGCGGCUGAGGCCGCUGCCAAAGCUGCCAAAGCCUCAAACACUUCUACUCCUACCAAGGGGAACACAGAAACUGGUGCCAGCGCAUCACAAACAAACCAUGUGAAGGAUGUGAAGAAACUUAAGAUUGAGCCUGCACCUUCUCCCUCAAGUGGUGGAACUUUAAAAAAUGACAAGGCAAAAACAAAGCCACUUAUUCAGGUAACAAAGGUGGACAAUAAUUUGAUUGUAGAUAAAACCGCCAAGAAAGCAGUUGGGAAGGAGAGUAAAUCUGCUGCUACAAAGGAGGAACCAGUAUCUCUUAAAGAGAAAACCAAACCACUUACACCAAGCACAGGAGCCAAGGAGAAGGAACAACAUGUGGCUCUAGUGACCUCUACAUUACCACCAUUACCUUUGCCUCCCAUGCUGCCUGAAGAUAAAGAUGCUGAUAGCUUACGAGGAAAUAUUUCAGUAAAAGCAGUUAAAAAAGAAGUAGAAAAGAAAUUACGAUGUCUACUUGCUGAUUUACCACUGCCCCCUGAGCUACCAGGAGGAGAUGAUCUCUCAAAGAGUCCAGAGGAAAAGAAAACAGCAACACAGUUACAUAAUAAAAGGAGGCCUAAAAUAUGUGGGCCUCGCUAUGGUGAAAUCAAAGAAAAAGAUAUUGACUGGGGAAAACGAUGCGUGGAUAAGUUUGAUAUCAUCGGAAUUAUUGGAGAAGGAACCUAUGGACAAGUUUACAAGGCCAGGGAUAAAGACACUGGAGAAAUGGUUGCCUUAAAAAAAGUACGUCUCGAUAAUGAAAAGGAAGGCUUUCCGAUUACAGCAAUUCGAGAAAUUAAAAUUCUUCGGCAGCUUACUCAUCAGAGUAUUAUCAAUAUGAAGGAGAUAGUUACCGAUAAAGAAGAUGCUUUGGAUUUUAAGAAGGAUAAAGGUGCAUUUUAUCUGGUAUUUGAAUAUAUGGACCAUGAUCUGAUGGGACUACUGGAAUCAGGCUUGGUUCAUUUUAAUGAAAAUCACAUAAAGUCAUUUAUGAGACAGCUCAUGGAAGGUCUGGAUUAUUGUCAUAAGAAGAACUUUUUGCAUAGGGAUAUUAAAUGUUCAAAUAUUCUUCUAAAUAAUAGAGGGCAGAUAAAACUUGCAGAUUUUGGACUCGCUCGAUUGUAUAGCUCAGAAGAAAGUCGGCCAUAUACUAACAAGGUCAUCACUUUAUGGUACCGUCCACCUGAACUGCUGUUGGGAGAAGAACGGUAUACACCGGCUAUUGAUGUGUGGAGCUGUGGAUGUAUCCUUGGUGAACUCUUCACUAAAAAACCUAUAUUUCAAGCAAAUCAGGAACUUGCACAACUAGAAUUAAUAAGCCGUAUAUGUGGGAGUCCAUGUCCUGCAGUGUGGCCCGAUGUAAUCAAACUACCAUAUUUCAACACCAUGAAACCAAAGAAGCAAUAUCGUCGAAAGUUAAGAGAAGAAUUUGUUUUUAUUCCUGCAGCCGCACUAGACUUAUUUGAUUACAUGCUGGCCUUGGAUCCUAGUAAGCGCUGCACUGCAGAACAAGCUCUUCAAUGUGAGUUCCUACGGGAUGUGGAACCCUCAAAAAUGCCCCCACCAGACCUUCCUUUAUGGCAAGACUGUCAUGAGUUGUGGAGUAAAAAGCGAAGAAGACAGAAGCAGAUGGGCAUGACUGAUGAUGUUUCCACAGUUAAAGCCCCCAAAAAGGACUUGUCUCUGGGCUUGGAUGACAGCAGAACGAACACACCCCAGGGUGUGCUGCCAACUUCACAGCUGAAAUCUCAGGGCAACUCGAAUGUGGCACCUGUAAAAACAGGCCCUGGACAGCAGUUAAACCACACUGAAUUGGCAAUUCUACUAAACCUACUACAAUCUAAAACAAGUAUUAAUAUGGCUGAUUUUGUUCAAGUGUUGAACAUUAAGGUAAACUCUGAGACUGAACAACAGCUAAAUAAAAUAAACCUUCCUGCUGGAAUUUUGGCAACAGGUGAAAAACAGACAGAUCCAUCAACACCACAACAGGAGUCUUCAAAACCAUUGGGAGGAAUUCAACCUUCUCAGAGCGUCCAGCCUAAAGUGGAGACUGAUGCUGCCCAGGCGGCCGUGCAGAGUGCAUUUGCGGUUCUGUUGACUCAGUUAAUAAAGGCUCAGCAGUCAAAGCAGAAAGAUGUGCUACUAGAGGAAAGGGAAAAUGGAUCGGGCCAUGAAGCAGCAUCGUUACAACUCAGACCGCCUCCAGAACCUAGCACUCCAGUAUCGGGGCAAAAUGAUCUCAUUCAGCACCAAGAUAUGAGGAUGUUAGAGCUCACACCAGAACCAGACCGGCCUCGUAUUCUGCCUCCUGAUCAACGACCUCCGGAACCACCUGAACCACCACCAGUCACUGAAGAAGAUCUGGAUUAUCGGACAGAAAACCAGCAUGUUCCCACCACUAGUUCUUCACUAACUGACCCUCAUGCCGGAGUGAAAGCAGCCCUGUUACAGCUGCUUACUCAGCAUCAACCCCAGGAUGAUCCCAAAAGAGAAGGUGGUAUUGAUUACCAGGCAGGUGAUACUUAUGUACCCACUUCAGACUACAAGGACAAUUUUGGAUCCUCUUCUUUCUCUUCUGCUCCUUAUAUUAGUAAUGAUGGUCUAGGAGGUGGCUCUGCUCUACCAUUGGAACGACGUAGCUUCCUUGGAAACUCAGAUAUUCAGUCUUUGGAUAACUACAGUACUACUUCAUCUCAUUCUGGUGGUCCACCUCAGCCUUCUGCCUUUUCCGAGUCGUUUCCCAGUUCAGUGGCUGGAUAUGGAGACAUUUACCUCAAUUCUGGUCCCAUGUUGUUUAGUGGAGACAAGGACCAUAGAUUUGAAUAUAGCCAUGGCCCCAUUGCAGUCCUGGCGAACAGCAGUGACCCUUCCACAGGGCCAGAGAGUACUCAUCCUUUGCCAGCAAAGAUGCACAACUAUAACUAUGGUGGUACCUUACAGGAAAACCCGGGGGGCCCCAGCCUCAUGCAUGGACAGACCUGGACUUCUCCUGCCCAAGGACCUGGAUAUUCACAAGGAUACAGGGGACACAUUAGCACAUCAGCUGGCAGAGGUCGAGGCAGAGGGCUACCAUACUAAGUAUCAGUUUUUCCUCAGGCACAUCAUUUUUAUCUGGAAAGACUUUUCUAGCUGCAAUUUAAGGCAGCAAUCCAAGAGACUUGAAUAAUAUUAAUUCAACAACAGCUUUAUUUUUAUGUGGAAAGGGUCUUGCAUACAAUAGUUUAAAAAGACCAAAAAAACAAAAAAACCCACCUUUGCUUAAAUUCAUGCUGUUCUAAAAACUAGAUCUAUUGAUUGUACAUCUUCACAAAUUCUAGUUAACAGUUUUAUUUUGUAUUCUUGCAGUUUUAAGUGGAUGCUAAUAUUAGGGACAUAAAAGUUCUUUAUGGCCCUCUUGCAGAUCUGAACUAUGCACAUUUGUGCUUUUUUUUUGUAAGUUUGGACCAACUUUUAUGUAACAACCAACCAAUUCCUCCCUUCUCCAGUUUUACAACAAUCAGAAAGGGCACUGAUUUAUUUGGUAUUUUUCUUUUUACAAAGCUACCUUUAGUCAAAGGUCACUGUCAGUCUUUGCACCUGCUUUCAGUGUUAUUGUGAAAGGUGUACUUUGUGCUCAUUUCAGAAAAUAAAACACAACCUUUCUCUUGAUGCAAGUUUUUAUAAAAAAAAAUGGUCAAUGUUAUUUUUAUUUUAUUUUGCAGAUUAUCAUAACCUAGCAAAAUGCAUUCAAAUGAAAAGUGGGUUUUAUAUGAAAAAUAUGGGUAGGGUGGGGGGGUAAGUAAGUGCCUUAACAGGUAAGCUUAAGGUCUGAAAAGUAGUUACCUUUACACGCAUUUGUCUUCUGAAGGGAAUCAAUGCAUUGUAUUGAAGAGGAAGGGAGCUCUUGGGGGUUUAGGGCUGCCUGUUCAGUUCCUGUUAGAUCCAUUCUCUGCGCAUCACACUUUCUCCUUUUCUGCCUGUCUUUGGGCUGUGUUAUCUUCCACUACCACCUUCUCUUGAAAAGGGAGGGAGAGUAAAGUACUGCGAUCAGUACUUUGUUACUUCCGAUAAGGUCUAAAAAGUUUUGUCAUUUAAAUGUUGAAAGUAAAAAUAUAUAUAUUGAAAGCAAUAGCUUAAUGAGAAUUUCAGAGCAUGUUUUCUUUUAGGCUGCCAUGUCCUUCCAUUUCCAUUUGCCAUGGGUAAUUGGCGGGCAGUAACAUAGAAGCAAGACCUAACAGAAUUUGCAUAAUUCUAUUACCACCAUUGGGGGGAGGGGUAGCAAACACCAUAUUUUAAGUUACACAAUUGCCAUUUUAAGAAAAAUUAACGCUGGUCACUUGUUAAUUACAAACAUUGCCUAAAUUUAAUUUAUUGCAAGUAAAAAAAAGUGAGAGAAAACUUCUCCUCUCACCUGUGAGGUUUAUUAGGACUUCUGCCAGACUUAGAGCAACUUUAGUUCAAUUCAGCAUUUUUUAAAAUUAAAAGCAACAAAGAAUGGAGAAAUUCUUAUUUAAAUUGUAAUGUGUCAAAUCUAACUUUUUGUGCACACUCACACAGAUAAUUACAAUAAUUUUAGAAAGGAACCAAAGGUACAUAACCAGUGUUUCCACAUCAUUAAGUGAAAAAAUAGGCUCUGGAAAUGAGAGUUGUAUCAAUUAACCAUUUUGUUUUCACUGUUCUCUCCUGGAAUCUGAUUUGGAAUCUUAAAUUGAAACAACUGUUACAGAAUGGAAAUUGCUCCAGUUCUAAAGUCAGUCUUUUAACCCUGUGCCCUCUAUCUGACUUGUGAACCUUCCUUUAAUAUAGUAUAUGGGAAGCAUUCUAGCUUGGUGAGAGUAAGAAUAUUUUAAAGUGGAUAAUUUACCAUUUUACUGCUAUAAAAUGAUGUCAGUUGACCAUUUUAUUUUUUGAUGGAAUUUUUUUGUUGUUGGGGAGAAAUGAAUGAAAGAAAAACUUAUUUUGCUUUUAUUUGGAUAUUAAGUACUAACAACUUAUAAUGAAACUGCAUUGCAGGAAGUGAAUAAAUAUUUUGAAAUUUUACAAAAUAGCUACAGUAUUCAAGUAUCUGAAAUUUUAAUAUGGUGAGUCUUAGAGCUUUAGACUUUCCUAUAAGUGACAGUAUCUAAGUUAUUCUUAAUAGUCAUACUUGUUAAUUCUGCUGACCAUAGUAGCUAACAUAAAAUUGAAGAUAUUUAUGUGACAUGAAUAGACUGUGUUUUAAAAAUUAAAUAUUUUAUAUACAAUUGAACUGUGUUUGGAUAGUUUUUCUAAUUAAAUCUUUUAGUUACGUAUUUAUGUUUCGAGAGCGGCUGGAUGGAUAGGGAAGUUGUUACUUGAAUAUUGCCCUAACGCAGCAUUGAUUGAGAGACAUACCAGUAUUUUAUGCAACACUUAGAAAUAAUGUUGCCAAUUAAACCACAAUACAAUUCUAAAUAAGAUGAGCAAAUUUAAAGAUUCUCCCCAAAUUCAGAAAUGGGAAAGAAUGUGUCUUAGAAUCUAUGAAAUACAGUAGUAAAAAUCUUAUACCAUUUAAUAUUUUAGGAAUUUGGACUAAUAAAAAGAGCAGGGUUAGGAAAUUGCUAAUUCUGUAGGUUAUAAAAAUUGCAGUAAUCACUAGGUAUUCUGGAGAGAAAUCUAAGGAACAUAAAAUAUUGCUUAAGUUUUUUGGAAAACAACCACACGGUAAGUCGGGUUCCAAAUAAAAUGAAAACAGAGUAGAUUGACCUAUCAAAAGAAGAAAAUGUUUGUCGCCCAUGGGAAAUGCCUUUGUGUAUUUCCUGACACAGCAAGUUUUUCUGCAUGUAACUCAUUAUGUUUCCCAUCUUUAUUUAGUUCAUUAUGUGUUGAAGAGUUAUAGUCACCCAUGUAAUUUAAAAAGACUCAUUUUAAGGGAUUUAUUGAUUAAAACAGUUUUCAAAUGUGAAUUAAGAUAAUGUGUUAGCUGUGAUUCAGAGCUUCAUUCUAUCAGUAAAUAUAUAUUUAGUGCCUACCAAGUGCCAAGUACUGUUCUAAUUACUUGGAAUACAUCAAUAAACAUGGAAGGCAUUAAGUCAUACUUUGAGUAGGCUGACAGUGAACAGGGAGAUUUUUAAAGUGUCUUGAAAAGCUAUUUGCCACUUGAAAAUGUGAAUGUCUUUGUAAAAUUUUAAAGUCAUAGUUGAAUACAGAAAUAAGGUUCUGGAAAGAAUAGAACAACUGGAAACUCAAUAAUGAAAACAAAUUUUUAGUUGCAUCUAGCUAGUUUGUAGUAAGCCAAUUUGUAGGAAAUAUCAAGAUUUCUUGAGAAAAAUGGAAGGUAAAUGGGUUAAAUGCUUCCAAACUAAUCUCACUGGUACUUAGGAGUUAAAGUACCAGUAUUUGCUAUGAGCUUAGUCAAAUUUUUAAUAACUUUUCACCAUAGGUCCUUUAUGUACUUAUUUUUUUUGGAGUAAGUCUGAAAUACAUGUUUUGAAUAAAGAUCUGAUUCCCUGGGAUAUUGGUUUUGAUAAUUUAAAAGUCUGAACAGGAUGUCCAAGUAAUUUAAAGUUAUCUGGUCCAUCUCUUCACUUUACUGCUAAGAAAAUGAGACUUAAGAGAGAUGGAUUGCCAGUGCUUGUUCCUCUAGCUAGGUUUAAAUUCUGCAGAAAAUACUUAACUUUUCGAUAGGAAAAUUGACUAUUAAUGUACCAAUGUUUUAGUAAGAAAAAUUAAAUUUAGAAUACUGAACAACUAAUUUAAGUCAGGUGACUUUAAAAAGUCAACAAUCGAGAAAAAAUAGGAAAAUAAGCAAUUUUAGAAAAUUUAAUUAGGGACUAUUUCAUAUGUGGGUAGUCUUUAAAAAGGAGGCUCCUCUUUUUUUUUUUUUUUUUUUUUUUUAAAGAUAAUAGCUUCUUAAAUAUCCAACAAUUAGAAAAUAAGACUGAAUCAUUAAAGUGUAUUUUCUAUUUGUAGGAGGAAGAGUGAUAUCAGCAAGUCUGCAAACAUUGCUUUUAUACUUUAUCAAGGUUUUAUGAUUUUUAAGUUGUUUUAUAGGGGGAGCAAUGGUUUGUGAGGUACCAGAGGCCCCUCCAGAUAAGUUCUUAAACUGUUUCUACUUUAAUUAAAAACAAAAGCUGUAAAUUAAUAAAGUAUCAAGGGAUCCAGUUGAAGAUGGGGAAAACAAAAUUUUAAUCAUAAUGGAAAAACCUGGCCCUUCAAAGUAUAUAGACUAAAAUUUUGUGAGUCUUAUUCCUUUCACCAUAUCAAAUGUCCCAUUAAGAAAGAAUUUUCUGGUUCUAAUUGCAUUCAAAAUGCUGCUGUGUAGUGAAUCACCCUUUAAUUUUUUUCACAAGUUAAUUUGUUGUAAAGUUAUGCUUUUUAUUUUUUGGCAAGAACUUUUAGUAAAGUCUUGUAACUGUUAAAUCUAAUGUGUUUAAGCCAUUUGUUUAAAAAAAAUCUGUAUUUGAUAGUCUGUAAAUAAACUGCCAUUAAGAAUUUC